AUGUCUACCGCCGCCCCCAAGAUCAAGCUGUACACUAACCACGGCUGCCCCUGGGCUCACCGUGCACACAUCGCCCUCGCCGAGCUCGGCCUCCCUUUCGAAGAAGAGAUCAUCGACCUCUCUGUGCCCCGCACGCAGGAGUACCUUAAGAUUAACCCGCGCGGCCUGGUUCCGUCGCUCAUAUACGACGGCGAGAUUAUCACCGAGUCUGCCAUCGUCAGCCAGUUCCUCGCCGACGCGCACCCCUCGCACCUCCUUCCGGCCGCGGGCUCCAAGGACGCCGCCCUCCGCCGGGCGCGCAUCAACUUUUUCGUCGAUACGUACUUUAGCAAGGCCAAUUCGCUGCUGUUCAAGAUCCAGCUCGCCAAGUCCGAUGCUGAGGCGCAAGAGAUCGCGUCGAGCUAUGUUGAUAUCAUUGCAAAGGAAGUUGAGCCGCUGUUGAAGGACGCCGCGCCGUACUUCGGCGGGAGCGACAAGCCUACUCUGGCCGAGGUACUCAGCGGCUCCUUCACCCUGAGACUUUUCUCCUUCGCCAAGUAUGACCUCAUUCCGAAGAGCAUCCUUAGCUCCUUGGAGCAGAAGGCCCCUAGCUUUUACAAGUGGGCACAGACGGUCAACAACACGCCUAGCGUGAACGGCAUCUACGAGGAGGAGACGGUCGUCGAGCGGACGAAGCACAGGAUUGCUGGCCUUAAGGCCUCUCAAGCUUGA